CUGGCGGGAGAGGCAAAGCGCUGGCUAGAGGAUGGGAAGGGGGACUGCCGGCAGCCAAGCGGCUCAGGACUUGGAAGCAGCUCUUUCUAGCCGGCCUGCUUCGAGCUGUUGUUCAUAAUGCCUCUUGGGAAAGGCUGGAAGAAAACAGUGGAAGACAUCGCCAGUGUCUACGACAUCAAGGAGAAGCUGGGCGCAGGGGCCUUUUCAGAAGUGGUCUUGGCCCAGGAACAUGGAUCUCAGCGCCUUGUAGCCCUCAAAUGUAUUCCUAAAAAAGCACUGCGUGGUAAAGAAGCAGCUGUGGAGAACGAAAUUGCUGUGCUCAAAAAGAUUCAACAUGAGAACAUUGUUGCUCUGGAAGAUAUUUAUGAAAGUCCCACUCAUUUGUACCUGGCCAUGCAGCUGGUGACAGGUGGAGAGCUCUUUGACCGCAUCAUUGAACGAGGCUAUUACACAGAGAAGGAUGCCAGCCACCUCGUCCGUCAGGUGCUAGAGGCUGUGAAUUACCUACACGAUCUGGGAAUCGUUCAUCGGGAUCUCAAACCUGAAAAUCUUCUAUAUGCCACACCGUUUGAAGAUGCCAAGAUUAUGAUUACGGACUUCGGGCUGUCUAAAAUUGAGGCUGAUGGCAUCAUGUCUACUGCUUGUGGAACCCCUGGCUAUGUUGCCCCUGAGAUCCUGGAGCAGAAGCCCUAUGGAAAAGCUGUGGAUUCUUGGGCACUUGGUGUCAUCUCCUAUAUCUUACUUUGUGGUUAUCCUCCUUUCUAUGACGAGAACGACUCCGAGCUUUUCAACCAGAUCCUGAAAGCUGAAUAUGAAUUUGACUCCCCUUACUGGGAUGAUAUCUCUGAGUCAGCCAAAGAUUUCAUCCGGCAUCUUCUAGAACGGGACCCCGAGAAACGAUUCACUUGUGAACAAGCUCUGCAACAUCCUUGGAUCUCUGGGGAUACAGCUCUGGAGAAGGAUAUCCAUGGAUCUGUGUGUGAGCAGAUUCAGAAGAACUUUGCCCGCAGUCAAUGGAAGCGAGCAAUCAAUGCCACGUCCUUUUUACGCCAUAUCACCAAGAUGGGACCAGGUGCAGAGGGUGAAGAAAUUGGAGAGGCAACAUCUGGAGGACAGCGUGGAAAAUGGUGACACCCCUCCCAGAGGUACUUCGAGAGCCACUCUCUUGCAUGAGCUACCCUCCUGCAUGCGGCUUCACAGCCACAACGCUGCGUCAGCACCCUCCCCCAAGUGUGGGGUAUCCUUUCAUUUUGUGCUCUCCCCCCCCAUCUGGGGAUAUCUCUGCCCCGAGGGGCUCAGGAGUUCAAUCAAACCAAGAGCAUCACCGUCCAGCCUGCUUCGAGCCGGCUCAAAUGCAACCUGCCUGGGGCCAGAGGUCAUCCCAUUGAAGCCGGUGGAACCUUUGCAAUCUUGCUGCGUAACUCACUUCACGUCCAUCCAUGUCAGCCGUCGAGGCCAGCAACCUACUGGGGAAUCAGUGGAGAAGGCGGUGGCGGGGGAAAUAAAACGCUCCGCCGUUCUUUGCCAGCUGUUGGGGGGUAAUUUCAAAAUUGAUUUGAGAAGCUAUUUCUCUUCUCCUGUCCUCGUGAGUCCUAGAAGGAUAGCUUUCCCACGGAGGGGAAAGCUGGUGUCGCGGAAGGAAGACAGGGAAACACGACAACUCUUGUUAUUGGAAGAGAAGGGACUUCUCCAGUAGGGAAUUGGGAGCUGCCAGAGCAAAGUUGAAGGCUUGUCCCGAGAUAGCUUGAAUUGGAGCUACCUUAGCUCAAGUUGAAUCAGGAUCAAAAUGAAAUUCGAUGGGUGUUUGAGGAGCCUUAGAAGGGUAUGCCUGGAUAUUGCCAGACUCCCCAAAGGAUAUGACUUCCUUCUGAUCUUAGAGCAAUAUGUGAGUGAGAUUUUGGAUGGAUGAUAUCACUGCUGAAGAUAACACAAUGUUUUAAAAAUGAGCUGCUUGUUUAAGAAGUGCCUGUGUGAUGGGUCAAGGCGGUGAUCUGAUGCUUCUCCUUGGCCUAGGAAGCAACUGCCCGAUCUGAGGAUUGACUCGUAGGUAAUACAAAACAAAGCUUGUUCCACCUGCUGUUGAAUCUUCACAUCUGGGUUUGGUUGGGUUUCUUUUUUUAGUUUAUAUUGUGAUUGCUAGGCUGGGUAAGACAAGACCUUGUCAGGAUUUGAUGGAAACAAAUGCCACCAGGGAGCCAGAGAGGGUCCUGUCAGAAGAAGACAUGGACCUCUGGAGGAGUUUGAUGCUCCAAGCUAAUUAAAAUUAGAACUAUUUACUGUAGUAUCCCUUCUUCCUGUAAUAGAAGUGAACCACCAUCUGUAGGAUGGCUUUAGCAUCUAGGCUGCUUCCAUCCAUGAAUCUUUCUUUCCAUUAUACCAUUGCUUUUCAGGUUUUGUAAUUUGUGGGAAUAGGAAUCCACGUGGUGUGUUUCCAUUUAGUGAUUCAUUGCAAAAAUCCCAUCUACAUUAGCAAGCAGAUUACGACAGGAUCUUCUCAAACUUCUACAGGCCAUCCCACCAAGCCUUUAUUCCCUCAGACACCCCCACCCCCCCCCCGGUUGUUCUGAAAAUACAGGUGCUGGUGUUUUGCACACCUGCACACUGUUUUCUUUAUUUGUGCCAGAAUCUCAAAAUACUAUCAGGUUUUCCGUAAAAACUGCCUAGUGUAAUGUUGGCGUUUUGACAUUCUGCAACAAUAAAAGGGUUAACCUGCAACAUUAAGGGAUCCAUUAAGGUUCUUAACUGUAUAAAUAAAAUGUGCUGUAGACAGCCGGGAUCCUGAUAUCCCCAGCCAGAAGGUUCGUGCGCAUCUUUUCCUUCUUCUAUGUCAAUAUUCCAAAGGAGCAAAUGGUAAACAUUUUAAAAAGUGCAGACACAUUGGCUAUCCGCUUACAUACAGUACAUAUGUAGGAAAAUAUAUUUUUUUUGACCUUGAAAGGGAACGAGGAAAAAAAAAAUCAAUAGAGGUGAGAUAUAGAGCAAAUUAUAUAUAUAUAAAAAACAAAUGGGCUUUGAAAUUUUAGUUUUAUCGUUUAAAACAAUUCGCAAUCCUGGAAUAUAGGAUUAAGUGAACUGGGGCAUUUUCUCAAAAUUUUUGAGAGUGAAGAACUAUAGAAGAUUUUUACUUUGUAGAAUAGUGUUUUUUUUCUCUGUUUCUAGCUAAAUGGAUUAUCUGUGGUAAAGGGGGGGGGGAAUAAAAAACAAAAGUGUAGGGAGGUAUUCAUGACCGAAGGAUGAUGUAGAAAUCCCUCUGAUGAUAUUUUUGCUAGCACAUGUUAAGAAGGUCCAUCUGGCCUCCACUGUAAGUGGAAUGGAGACCAUGGAUGCUCCCCCACCGCAAACAAUAGGGUAGCCACAAGAUUUCCAUCAUAGGGACAGUGAUUGACAGGGAAACAGGUAGCAAGGCCAGUAGUUAUAUUCAAUCUUUGACACCUCCUGUCUGCAGCUUGCCUGCUGGACUGGACAUCUGCUUUGCUGAGUUGCUUGGAAUUGGAGAUUUUCUCAAGAUUCUUGGUGGGAUGGGUGAGAAUCGUUUUCCUUCAUGCUUCCCUCCCCUAUACAAAUGUGUCAAAUAAACUGGUGAAAA